AUGUCUACCGUGGUCCAUCCAAAAGGACAUCGGCAUACCCGAAGUGCUGCGACGGUGCCACCAGCGACAGCAUCAUCCCAGGAUCCUCAAAACCCACACCAUCUCAACUUGCAAAUACGCGCUCAGAAUCCUCAGCUCGACAUGAAUCAUUCAGUCCAUCCUAGCACACCUCCCCGAACCCCCCGGAGAGACAACAACAGCUGUCAACACUCCUCCCAGAGUAGGACAAACCCGACUGCGCCCGAGACUGGAUCAAAACAGAAGCCUCGCAAUAAGAGAUCUAAGAAUGUCAUGACUUCUCCCGCCAUGGCACGUAAUGACCACAACACACCGCCUUUGACAGGCGCCCAAUCCGCAGGCAUGCCAUCAUCUGCGAAACCGAUAUCUACCCCGUCAGCAUAUGCCGGCCCGACUUUCCAUGCGUCACCUGCUCCGUCGGCUCUACCCAUCCCCAGCUUCUAUUCAAAGUCCGUUCCUGAGUCACCUGGUGUCAAGGGUCUCAAGUCGUUGAAGGAACUUUCCUUGCCGGAGUCGCCAACACCUCCACCUGCGCCGGCCUCCUAUCAUCAAUCUCAUCGGGAAGAAUCUCCUCUGGACUUCUUUUUCAAAGCAGACCGCGAGGAAAAGGCAAGGGCACGCAGUGCCAAUUCUACUCAAACAGCAGUUGCUGUUACCGGGCCUUACCAGCCUCCCCCUGAAUCUCCAAGCGCGAAUCAGAACCCAUCGGCUCCUGCAAGUCGAAAUCGACCACGCCACGCCAAUAGAAUUUCCUCUAGCGGGAUGUUUGCCAUGGAAUUGGAUGGUCCCGCCAGUCCAGGCACUCCAUAUGGGUCAGCAUUUUCCACCCCUUAUUCUGAACGAAUCAAAGCUGCCCGAUCCUCACAUGCCCCCCCUUUAUCCAAUGAAAAGUCGACCAGAGACGCUAAACAGACAGCUACGUCUGAGGCUCUAAAAGCAUAUCUUUUUUCGGAUCAACAGCUACUGUCACCAGUACGGCCUUCUGCUACCCCUUCUGGUACAAAUGGGCUGGUUUCAUCCAAUACGUCCUCAACAUCAACCGAACAUCGAAGCUCAUCUCUCCCCUUUAGUGGAUCAAGGGGUGUUGCGGCAUCUCCACGGCCACAAAUCAAUAAUUACCCAUUUACUCAGGACUUGAAGACGUCAACCCAUGGUCCUAGGUCAUCUGGAAGGUCAUCUGGAUUGCGUCAAGAGGUCACACCUACAAGUACCCCGACCAAGACACCUGAUAGGCAUCUUAAUUAUGGAACUUCACCAACACCUUCUAGAAUGUAUGGACAUUCUUCGGAUACAAGCGAUUUUAUUGGCACAUUCACACGCAAUGCAACUUCUCCAAUUCCGGUUUCCUCAUAUGGCGUUUCAUCCGGAACUAGAAGCGCUGAUCUUAAGGGGAUGGAAGAUAGCCUUCGUAAGAUAUUGAAACUAGAGUCGGCAGGGAGUUCUGGCGCUUCGGUACCGGGUAUUGGUAGUGUACCAGUCGCAGCUGUAUCCGUGUCAGACUAUGUUGGUGGCGGGGCCCCACCAAUGAAUAGUUUGCACAACGGCGUUAUGGGAGCUUGA